GUUUCGCGGAAGUAAAUCGCAAUUAAUAUAAACUAUAUACAUAUUAUGAAUUAGAGAUUUCUGUCAGAGACGGUCACACGGAAAAAAGAAAGCACGUAAGUUAUGUUAGCAGAGUGCAGUACCUGCAGGUAAGCACAUUUACCAAAGUGACGGUUAAAUGUUUCUAUUUAGCGUAACAUGUACAUGGCGUGCAAAUUAUUCAAAAUUUGUGCAAAACAUAAAUGAACACAGAUAAUUAGCUAUGGGCAAGAACGCAACGCAAACAAAUCUACCUGCUCAUCACCAACAACGUAAUCCGCCACUCUAUGGAGCACACGCGAGCAGCCAUCUCCGUAUAGCACUGUUCUUUAUUGCUGGUAGUAUUGCGGCAUGGUUUUUUCAUAUCUUCACUUCCUCGACUUGGAAUUGGAACCUACGGCAGAACCGCCACUUCUCCAUAGCCCACAAUCAUCAGACUCAGAAUGAGUUCGCGCUGUAUUCCGUAGAGGAGAUGAACAGUUUCAAGGAGUUUUACUUCAAAAAUAUCCGUGAAGAUGUCCGGACUAUUUCAAUGGAGGAAGAGCAGACAAAUAUCAAAGAGGCGCUAGUGGCUCUUCAAAGGGCCCACGACAUGUAUCUGGCGGACAAGAUUGACAAGGCUGGUCGUCUGUUUGAACAUGCCCUAAUUCUAGCUCCCCGGCACCCUGAAGUACUGCUCCGCUACGGCGAGUUUCUAGAGCACAGCCAACACAACGUUGUGCUGGCGGAUCAAUACUACUUUCAGGCCUUGACUAUCAAUCCGACUAAUGUAGAGGCGAUUGCCAAUAGACAGCGAACUGCUAAUGUUGUGCAGAUUCUUGAUGAGCGCCGUCUUGAGUCGUUGGACUCAAAACGCGAUGCACUCUCCGCAAUCCACGAGACCAACGCCGCCCUGCGUCGGGCUAAAAAGGAAGCCUACUUUCAGCACAUUUACCAUUCGGUAGGAAUCGAGGGUAAUACUAUGACGCUGGCUCAAACGAGGUCUGUCCUAGAGACUCGCAUGGCUGUGGACGGCAAAUCUAUUGACGAGCAUAACGAGAUCUUGGGAAUGGACCUAGCUAUGAAGUACAUUAAUGCUAGCCUGGUACAAAAAAUAGAAAUCACUAUUAAAGACAUCCUUGAGCUGCACCGCCGAGUACUAGGACAUGUGGACCCAAUUGAGGGUGGAGAGUUCCGGCGUACUCAAGUGUUCGUCGGGGGUCAUAUACCACCUGGUCCGGGGGACCUUUCGCAAUUAAUGCUGCACUUUCAGCGUUGGAUAAACUCUGAUCACUGCAAGUUUCUACAUCCCGUUAAGUUCUGUCUCAUCCACAGUUAUGCAGCGCUCGCUCACUACAAGCUCGUAGCCAUUCAUCCUUUCAUCGACGGGAACGGACGAACUUCUCGUUUGCUAAUGAACACCUUGCUAAUGCGAGCAGGGUACCCGCCUGUCAUUAUUCCAAAGCAACAACGUAGCAAGUACUACUACUUCCUGAAAUUGGCCAACGAGGGCGACAUUCGGCCAUUUGUACGGUUUGUCGCCGACUGCACGGAAAAAACACUGGACCUGUACCUAUGGGCAACUAGCGACCUUCCUCAACAGAUUCCAUUGCUUAUCCAGACAGAAAAUGAAGCAGACGAGUAGCAAACUAAUAUGUAAUUUCCUUUUAGCGCGAAUUAAAGUUAAUUUAUUUGUGUAUGCUACGAAUCCAAAACUGUGUGUAAAAUACUGAUUUGUAUAUACUAGAUGUAGAUUUACUGACAAAUACUGUGAUCAUAUUUAAGCUCAAUGUUAUCCAUAAAUUUCACACAAAUGUCAUUACUUACCCUACAAAACAAAUACUUCUGAAAAUAUCUCCCCUUUACUUUUUAGGCAUGAGAGAAUUUGAAUUCGUUGAAAAUGUUUAAAAUUAUUUCGUAUUAUGUUUAGCAUUGACAGCAUCCAGAAAUCCCAAAAUUUUUAAAGACAAAUUUUUCAAUCCAUAAAGGCAGUUUGGUUAUAGGCGUGGAACCACGCUAACAUAUUCUGAAUGAAACCAUUAUUUAUUAGCGUAUUAAUAUUUUACCACAAAAAAAAAAUAAUAUAAAUAAUCAAAUAA